GAUGUAAAUAAACAUUAAUAUAACUUGAAAUGCUAACCAACAGAUAAAUCGAUUUAAUGAAGCAGAUUCUGUGAUUUUUUACUUCUGUUUGAAAGUUGCAUUACCAAGCAGCACCCUUGAGAUAUUUAUGCUUGCUACUGUUGAAUGAAUCAGGUUAUUUGCUAAAAGUAUCUAUCAGAGACAGAAAUUGUGAAUGUAAAUUUCAUAUUUCAAAUUUAGAAAAACGUCACGAUGAAAUACAAAUGUGUCUUUUGUUUUAAGACUUUCUCUCGCAAAUAUUCUCUCAAUCCUCACAACAGAAUUCACACCGGAGAUAAGCCAUUCGAAUGUGAUAUAUGUAAAAAAUGUUUCUCAGAAAAAGUUGAUAUGAUUGUUCAUUGUAGAUCUCACACAGGAGAAAAGCCAUAUCAGUGCAAUAUAUGUGAUAAACGUUUUGCUUAUAAAGGUGUUCUGUCUGAACAUCGUAGAAUGCACACGGGAGAAAAGCCAUUCAAAUGUAAUGUAUGUAAUAAGAGUUUUGCUGCAAAUAGCAAUCUCUCCCAUCAUCGUAGAACACACACAGGAGAGAAGCCAUUCGAAUGUGAUAUAUGUAAAAAAUGUUUUGCAAGAAAAUUUGACAUGAUUGUUCAUCGUAGAUUUCACACAGGAGAAAAAUCUUACCAUUGCAAUAUAUGUAACAAACAUUUUUCUCAAAACUUUAGUUUGACCGUUCAUCUCAGAAAGCAUACAAAUGGAAUGCCGUUUAAGUGCGACAUCUGCAAUAAAACGUUUAGAUAUUUUUCAAGUUACAGUAAACACAAAAAACUGCAUACAGUAUCACAAAAAUUCUCGUGUUGUUUAUGCAGCACUUAUUUCUCUCAAGAAGAUAUAAUGGUUAAUCAUCUUCGGGUGCAUAUUAAUUCAGGCUGUCCAAAGUGUGACUGUCAGUUUUCAUGUGAACGAAGCUUUUUAGCUCACGUUCUUCAACAUUCAAAAGAAACACCGCGAUUGUGUGAAACUUGCCUUCACCCUUUUGCUCGGAUUUCUGCUUUUAAAUUGUAUAACACUUUUUUAUCGUAUCUGGAAAAUGCAUCUUACUUGGAUCGCUCUGUUCUUCCCAUUACUCCAUCUUUUAUAGCGUUAUGCAGAUUCUGUGAUUUUUUACUUCUGUUUGAAAGUUGCAUUACCAAGCAGCACCCUUGGGAUAUUUAUGCAUGCUACUGUUGUAUGAAUCAGGUUAUUUGUUCAAAGUAUCUAUCAGAGACAGAAAUUGUGAAUGUAAAUCUCAUAUUUCAAAUUUUAAAAAAAAACGUCACAAUGAGAUACAAAUGUCUCUUUUGUUUUAAGACUUUAUCUUCUAAAUAUUAUCUCGAUAACCAUAACAGAAUUCACACCGGAGAGAAGCCAUUCGAAUGUGAUAUAUGUAAGAAAUGUUUCUCACAAAAAAUUUACAUGAUUGUUCAUCGUAGGUCUCACACAGGAGAAAAACCUCAUCAGUGCAACAUAUGUGAUAAACGAUUUUCUCAGAAAUCAAAUAUGAUUAUUCAUCAUAGAUCCCAUACAAAAGAAAAACCUUACCAGUGCAAUAUAUGUGAUAAACGUUUUGCUUAUAAAAGUGUUUUGUCUGUACAUCGUAGAAUGCACACUGGAGAGAAGCCAUUCAAAUGUAAUGUAUGUAAUAAGAGUUUUGCUGCAAAUAACAAUUUCUGCCAUCAUCGUAGAACACACACACAAGAGAAGCCAUUCGAAUGUGAUAUAUGUAAAAAAUGUUUUGGGAGGAAAUUUGACAUGACUCGUCAUCGUAGAUCUCACACAGGAGAAAAACCUUACCAUUGCAAUAUAUGUAACAAACAUUUUUCUCAAAACUCCAGUUUGACCGUUCAUCGCAUAAAGCAUAGAAAUGAAAUGCCUUUUAAGUGCGACAUCUGCAAUAAAACGUUCAGAUAUUCCGCAAGUUACGGUAAACACAAAAAAGUGCAUAGAGUAUCACAAAAAUUCCCGUGUUGUUUAUGCAACACUAAUUUCGCUCAAGAAGAUACAAUGGUUAAUCAUGUUCGGGUGCAUAUUAAUUCAGGCUGCCCAAAGUGUGACUGCCAGUUCUCUUGUGAACGAAGCUUUUUAGCUCACGUCCUUCAACAUUCAAAAGAAACACCGCAACUGUGCGAAACUUGCCUUCACCCUUUUGCUCGAAUUUCUGCUUUUAAAUUGUAUAACACUCUUUUAUCGUUUCCUGAAAAUGCAUCUUACUGUACGGAUUAUUUUCUUUCAAAAAUAUUUCAAAUUUUAAAAAAAAACGUCACAAUGAGAUACAAAUGUCUCUUUUGUUUUAAGACUUUAUCUUCUAAAUAUUAUCUCGAUAACCAUAACAGAAUUCACACCGGAGAGAAGCCAUUCGAAUGUGAUAUAUGUAAGAAAUGUUUCUCACAAAAAAUUUACAUGAUUGUUCAUCGUAGGUCUCACACAGGAGAAAAACCUCAUCAGUGCAACAUAUGUGAUAAACGAUUUUCUCAGAAAUCAAAUAUGAUUAUUCAUCAUAGAUCCCAUACAAAAGAAAAACCUUACCAGUGCAAUAUAUGUGAUAAACGUUUUGCUUAUAAAAGUGUUUUGUCUGUACAUUGUAGAAUGCACACUGGAGAGAAGCCAUUCAAAUGUAAUGUAUGUAAUAAGAGUUUUGCUGCAAAUAACAAUUUCUGCCAUCAUCGUAGAACACACACACAAGAGAAGCCAUUCGAAUGUGAUAUAUGUAAAAAAUGUUUUGGGAGGAAAUUUGACAUGACUCGUCAUCGUAGAUCUCACACAGGAGAAAAACCUUACCAUUGCAAUAUAUGUAACAAACAUUUUUCUCAAAACUCCAGUUUGACCGUUCAUCGCAUAAAGCAUAGAAAUGAAAUGCCUUUUAAGUGCGACAUCUGCAAUAAAACGUUCAGAUAUUCCGCAAGUUACGGUAAACACAAAAAAGUGCAUAGAGUAUCACAAAAAUUCCCGUGUUGUUUAUGCAACACUAAUUUCGCUCAAGAAGAUACAAUGGUUAAUCAUGUUCGGGUGCAUAUUAAUUCAGGCUGCCCAAAGUGUGACUGCCAGUUCUCUUGUGAACGAAGCUUUUUAGCUCACGUCCUUCAACAUUCAAAAGAAACACCGCAACUGUGCGAAACUUGCCUUCACCCUUUUGCUCGAAUUUCUGCUUUUAAAUUGUAUAACACUCUUUUAUCGUUUCCUGAAAAUGCAUCUUACUGUACGGAUUGUGGACCAAAAUUAUAA